AUGCUCUCUCGCCAAUUAUUCUCUUCCUCAUCCACAAUGAAAAGUAUUCUCUCGGGUUGUUCGUCCCAAAUGCGAUACUUUUCCAUACUCAAGAGUGGUAUUUCUACUACUUCUCAAAUAACAACAACAAAUUUAUUGAGUGCUUCAACUUCUUUUUACAAGACAUUGCCAUCGGCCAUUUCAACAACAACCUCAUCAUCUUUCCUUCUUUCAAAAAUCGCAUCAUCAUCACUGGAUAAUGCUCAACAAACCAGAAAUUAUGCCCUGCCAAGAAGAUUGAAAACUAAAUUCUGGUAUGAAAAACUCAAGAAAGACAAACCUAAUGCAAAGGGAAGCAUGAGAUACGCAAGACAACAACCCGAAGUGAACAAUACUUUUCUUCGUCAGCAAUUAGUUGCUUUGAAGAGUAAUCGUAAUUGGAAGAGAGCCUACAAGCUCUUCAAAAGACUUGAGGAAACAAGAGCAAAUCCAAAUGUUGAAGCCUAUAGAAAGUUCUUGUACGUAAUUGCAUACAGAGGAGGAGCAAUGAAAGAGGGUUUCGAGAUUUUCAAGUAUAUGAAGAAGUUGAAUGCAUCUCUAAAAGAUAUUAGAUGUUAUAACACUAUGAUUCAUGCUUGUGCUAAACAUUCGGUUCCGAUGAAUGCCUAUGUUAUUGACCAUGACGAAAAUACCAACUCUUUCAACACAGCAGUUAAAUUAUACUCUGAAAUUAAUCAAAGACGCAUUACCAAGACCUCCUUUACUAUUGCGUACAUGGCUGCUUGUGUCAAGAGUGCAGUUGAAAAAGGUCUGAUUCAAGAGACUGAAAAACAAGAAUGGCUUGCUACUCUUACAAAAGAUGGACAACAAGUGUUGAGCAAUUCUCACGUCCAAAAAGCAUUGCAAGAACUUUCGCAAGCAGUGUUUCAGCCUCCAGCUGCCAAAGCUACAACUGAAUCAGGCGUUGCGUCACAACCAUCAGGUGUCCAAGCUCAACAAGCUUAA